AAUUAGUUCUGGUGAAUAUCCCGCCGUAAUGUCGAGGUCAGUCGCGCGGCGGAACUUUGAGACACAAGCAGUGGGAUUAAAGCUGUGCCGGAGAAAUGUUCUUCCCGGAAGCUUCCAAAGAUGCGCAGAGCUCAGGUUGACGCAACUUGUUGAAAAUAACGCAUACCUCCCUGCGAUAAGCAAUAUAUCUUCCAGGAAGAUCAAAAGGCGGCUGAUAAAAUAUUCUUAAAUAAUGAGUUCCAAGUUUGCAAACCGCAGAAAGCCCCGUAAGAUUGGCGGAGACGAUGAAGAGGAUGACGGCGAACAAGAUAUCGGGCCGGUUGUUAAGCGCCCUGUUCCCUCUAAAACGAAGCAAAAAUCCAAAACGCGCCUAUCGUUUGGCCCCGGAGAAACUUCAAUGGCCGAAGAUGGCGAACAGGAAAGUGAAGUGGUAAUACCGAAACGGCAAGGACUUGGGAGGCGAGCACUGGAAAAUAGUGCUUUGCAGAGGUCGCUCACGCCAUCGGGAUCAGGUGGUCAGCUUCCACUCAGGGUUGGCCCAGAACAAGAUCGGCCAAGCUACAGCAAUGAAUAUUUGAAGGAGCUUCGGAAUUCAACGCCUUCAACGCCAAAGAAUGCCACCGAUGACGAUAAAGAGAAGACUAUCGAUGUUGCAGCAAAGUUCGGCGAAGUUAUGAAAGUCACAGCGCCGGCCGCCAUUCCUAGCGAAGCGGAAAUUAGAGAGAAAAAAGAAAGAAGAGCGCGCUUGGCCAAAGAACAGCAGCAUGGCAUCUCAACAGAGAAGGACUUUAUCUCGUUGGAUGAUACUAUGGAGGAUGAAGAAUGGGACUCAAGAAAUGAAAAAGAGGAUCUAAGGGACACUCGGUUGAUUCGGGACGAUGAGGAUUUCGCAGAGGGCUUCGACGAGUUUGUGGAGGAUGGCCACAUAAGUUUGGGGAGAAAAGCUGAGCGCGAGAGGGUCAAAAAGCAGCGUGAAGAAAUGCGAGAGCUUAUUGAAGAUGCCGAAGGUAUCUCGGACGAAGACGACUCGGAUUUAGAGGAAAAAGCGGCUUACGAAGCCGCCCAAACAAGGGCUGCCAUGGGCCACGGCGGCAAGGACUAUACAGAUCGACCAAAGACUCCUCCCAAAAUGACCUCCCUUCCACGCCUAUCAACCUGUCUUGACCGUCUACGCACAACCUUGGCCGUCAUGGAAAAGUCGAAAACCCAGAUGAUCGAUAGAAUGGAAGAACUAAGAAAGGAAAAAGCCGAUAUAGCUGUGCGAGAAGUAGAGAUUCAGGCUUUAAUCAAAGAAGCUGGGGAUAACUACGAGAAACUCAAACAGGAAGCUGGGCGCACUCCUGGCUCGGACGAGGAUACAGCCGCCGAGCGAGGAUUAGAGAGUAUCGGCAAUUCCAUGGCAGUAUCAACAGGAAACUCCGAGGACGAGUCGUGAUACAUCCGCUCAGGCAUACACGCACCUACCUUUCUGGAUCGCUUACCAGCAUCUUAGGAAAGGUUUGACAUCAUCCGUCGUUCUUUCCGGCGUAUCGAAAAGAUUGCCUGAAAUGACACCCAGUUUGGCUUAAAACAUAUUUAUGAUACCCAACA